AUGACUGCACACAUGAUUCAUUGUUGGAUUAGUCCUCAUGGUCACACUACUGGUUUUUAUUGCACUAUUGUAUAUGCUUUUAAUAGUGUUGUGGAAAGGGUAACCUUAUGGAAAGAUUUGAGGUUGGUUAAUGUGGUGAAUAAGUCUUGGAUUGUUGUGGGAGACUUCAACUGUGUGCUGAGUAGACAAGAAAGAAUAGGCAAUCCAGUUAGGGAGAGUGAAAUGGCUCCUUUUAGAAGUUGCUUGGCUCAAUGUCAGCUAGAAGACAUUAAAUGUUCUGGUUGUUUCUACACUUGGAAUAACAAGCAAGAGGGUCAAGAUAGAGUGUAUUCUAAACUGGAUAGAGUAUUAGGUAAUGUGAUGUGGAAUGAGGAAUUCCAAAAUUCAGAAGCACACUUCCUGCCAGAAGGAAUUUUUGACCAUUCACCAAUUCUGAUUAAAGUAUACAAUCAGAUGGAAAGUGGGUUUAACCAGAUUCAAGCCCAGGAGAUUAGAGCUUUGAAGGAGCUAAAAGAGAUCCAAACUGCUUUGCAUCAGGAUCCUAGAAAUGAUAAUCUGAUCAUUGAAGAAAAAAGAGCUGCUAGUACUUACAGAAAGCUUGCUGAAAGGCAUCAUUCAUUCUUGAAACAAAAGGCAAGAUUAGAAUGGAUGAGAUGUGGGGAUGAGAAUACCAGGGUGUUUCAUCAAGCAAUCAAGGCCAGAAGACUUCAGAACACAGUGUAUGGCAUUACUGAUAGUAAUGGGAGAUGGGUUGAUUCUCAGGAGCAGGUUAAUGAUGCUUUUCUUCAGUACUACAUUAAGUUGUUAGGCAUUGAGAGAUCUAGUAGGAGGAGAAUACAAGAUGCCGUGAUUCAAGGUGGGCAUGUUGUUACAGAAGAGCAGGGACAACUAUUGAUGAGAAGAGUCUCUCCAGAAGAAAUAAAAGCUGCACUGUUCUCUAUUCCUGGUGACAAAUCACCAGGUCCUGAUGGGUAUGGCUUUUACUUCUUUAAAGAUUCUUGGGAUAAUUGGAAAUGA